AUGGAUCACACUGCCGAGCAUCUCGACCCCACCGCCCCGACGCCCUCGUCUGCCUCCUCCCCGGCCGCCGUCGCCGGGGUAAAUGCGUGGUUGGCCUCCCUCGCCGCGGAGGCCGGGAGCGCGGGCGGGGCGGGAGGGCGAGGCGGCAGAGGAGAUGCGGCCUCGGAGCUUUCGCUGGGGCCCGACUCCACACCGCUCGGGGUGGCCUACCUCCGCACGCUGGCCGCGGCGUCGCAGGCGCGGUCCCGCGCCGCCGGAGUAGUGGCUGCGGAGCUGCGCGCGCAGGCGGCAGAGUAUCGCGCCGAGGCGGCGCGGUUGCGGGAGGCUCUAGAGCGGGCGGGGCUCGCGAGGGACGCGCUCCCACCAACCGCAGCUGCGGCGGCGCGCGCUGUCGCAGCCGUUUCCAACCUUCUCGACAUCCGUGACGCCGACAUGAGCAGCUUUGUGGUGGCGGGUGCAGACUUGUCUAUGAGGCGAGCAGAGGCGGAGGAGAAGAGGGACAAAGUGCAUAAGGAGUCAAAUACACUACUUGAUUACACGCGGAAGGCCAUAAACAAGCAUACUGAGCUGAAGAAGAUGCUGGAGAAAUUUAAAAAUGAUGUGGAGAAGCGACAGGCUGAGCAAAUGACGGGUUGGCAGACAAAGCUUGUUAUGAUGGACUCAAAGGAACGGCAGUAUAUCCUCCAAGUCUCAAAUUAUAAGGCAAUGCUUAACCGAGUGGCUUAUACGCCAGAGAUCAAUCAUGGCGUGUUAAUGGAAAUGGCUGAGCAUAAGAAGGAUCUUGAGAGGAGGACAAAACCCAUAGCUGAUACAUUAAGAAGCUACCAGGAUUUACCUCCUGAUAAAGCUCUGGCUGCGCUAGCUAUAGAGGACAAAAAGAGGCAGUAUGCAGCUGCAGAGAAGUACCUAGAAGACGUGUUGCAAUCUGCUUUAACCACAACUGGCCUAUAA